CUCUGCUCCUGGAAGAAGGAAAAGGACAGUUUUGAACAAGAACUGAGCUGAUUUGGUUUCUGUUGCUCACAUUAAAAACUAAGAAGUAAAACUGAUGAUUCCAGGGUGAUGCCACACUCUUUCAGCUCCACACGCUAUAAACAUGGCCGACACACACAGGCCGAGCAGGAAGAAAUGGAGUGUUCCACAGAGAGGUGUGGCUGAUGGAAGUAAAGAGGGCGUGGCCUCACCUGCACGAGAUCCUCAGCAGAAUUUGGUUGUUCCUUUCAGAGGUCACAUCACAGAUGGAAUGCGGCCGGGGAAGAAACUUGUCAUUGUGGGAAUUGUGGAUUCACAUCCUGACAGGUUCUACAUCGCCGUGACGUGUGGACGCGGGACGUCCAGGGAGCCUCCGCUGGACGUGGCUCUGGAGGUCUGCGUUCGGUUCAGGGAUCGGCAGAUCCUGCGCAGGGCCUGCGUGUCCGGAUCCUGGGGAGACUCGGACCGAGCCGUCCCCUUUUUCCCCUUCAUCAAAGACCAGCCGUUCAAGAUCGAGAUUCACUGUGAACACAGCCGGUUUCGUGUGUUAGUGGACGGGCAGCAGAUGUUUGACUUUCACCACAGACUGACGUCGCUGAGCGACAUCGACACGUUGUGGAUCAAAGGAAGCGUCAGCGUCACUAAACUGGCCUGAAGAGCUGAGAUGAACACGACAGAUGUUUUUUUAACAUGGAGAACUCUUGUUUUUUUUAAGUGUCUGAUCUGGGACCAGCCAAUGAACUAAUGAUACCUGUCCUGUAUAUAUUUUGUAGCCCUUUCAAAAUAAAAUGUACAGUUA